CGCGGCCUCCAUGCAUCGGGAAAGUCACAAUCUUCGCAUUCAGAGUUUGCCAUCAGCGAGUCAGGUUCUCUUGGAGUGACUUCUCCUCGGUUACUUUACGCCUUUAGCCAGAAUUCCGGUGCAACCAGUUACCCUUUACCGUAAUGCGAAAUUUGAUUUGGCAAACUAAGAGGAUGUGCAGUUGCUGUAAAUUUAGUAUUGCACAUAAUAACAGUAUAAAACCAAUAGAAAGUAAUAGUCUUCAUAGAAUAAGUACAGACUGUGUACAAAAAUGGAUAAUGAGACAGGACUGGCUAUUUUAAAUACCGCGUUAAAUGGUAUGUCGUACCCAAACCGAAUACUUACAACUAAAGGAGAUAAAUCGACUGGAAUUGACGUCAAGGAUCUGCACAAGAUUUUGUUGACAGGAUGCUAUUACCCUCCGGAACUGCAAAAUAAUAGCAAACAGAUUCAGAUUCGGAUACAGACAGAAAACAAUACAACUAAUUCUACUAGAAAUGGUAAAGAAAUAGAUAAUCCUACAGCAGCAAUUGCCAAUGGCAAUCAACUCAACCAUUAAAACUACAAACUUGAAAAUGUAGAAAAGUACGUAAAAUUCUUAGAAACUUAGUACAGAAAACCAUUUUCCUCAUCUGUAAACUACAACGUCGACGAUCAUCACCUAAUUAAAGACGCUAAAUUAUCCGCAUAGAAGAAAUUCCGCCGAACAGUCAACGCGCUGGAAUUUUGCCAGAAUAAAUCUACGAAGAACAGAGCGCUUGAAUAAAUACUAUUUUAUCGCCCCACCCUAGAAAGCCCGGCAUUUUAUAUUUGUAACGCCUAUGCGGGAAGCAGUUCCAAGGUAACUGGUGAUUUCAAAAAAUAGACGUUCGGCAGUUGCAAAGCAGAGUCACAUUUGCUAUAGCUAAUACCUAUAAAAUCUCAGGAUACUUUUAAAUUUAAUGAUUUCAGGCUUAAAAGCAAUUGUAUACUCGUGUCGACCAUGCAUCUGAUUUGUUUAAUAGAAAGUAAGGAGUCAUGGAAAACAAGUUUACGGGACCAUUAGCAUAUACAUUUAGUGCAUAGGCGUCAGAAACUCAUAACACUGCAAUGCUAGAACAAAAUAGACUAACGAGUUGUAAAAAGCAUAUCUACAAAGACCAUACCGUCAACCAUUAAAGACUUAAUCCUCUUAAACAGAUAUCUUCAUAAAACUUGUGGAUUUUGAAAUUGGAAUUCCAAUAAGAUAAAAAGAAAAGGUCACAAACAUCAUUUAAAAAAGAUAAGGUAAACUUGGACUAUAAACAACGCCGAGAUAAAAAAAUGGCGAUGUACAAAAGACUUGGCUUUCUGUUCAAAAGUCAAAACGAAAAUCGAAAUUGGUAUACAGGCGAUUACUGGAUCUCAGCACCCAGGUGAAAAAGAUAAAUUGGUGCCUGUACAACGCCUUCAAAUCAAACUAGAUAAAAUGAAAUACGUGUAUAUGACGCAUGAAGCACAGCUAUCAGCUGCUUGUCUGUGUUCAGGUAAAGAGUGUCGCCCUGCUCUGGGAAUUUAUUUCGACGAAGGUUUUAAACCUGCUUUUCAGAGUGACCGCGGCCGAGUACAAGACGACACUUCUUACCGUCAGGAUGCAGAGAAACGAGCGUGCGAUUUACAAUCAACCAUUUCUUCAGUCCAACAUGAUGGACGACCCAACCGGGUUGGACUUUUUGAGUUCGGUACUCGACCAAAUGUCGUACCCAAACCAAAUAGUGUCAAGCGGCGGUCGAAACAUAUCAGACGCCACUGAUGUCCGCGAUCUCCACAAAUAUUUAAUGGGAGGAUGCUACAAAACAGACCAGGAUGCUUUGACAACAUUUCCAGCGGGCCUACUCAGCAAUGGAACGGGAUCAUCAUCUUUUAGCCUCGUUUUACCACCUUCAUUGCUGGAUGAGGAUUUUCACUACGAUUUCACGAAUACUUCUGAUAGCGGCGUAGACUUUUCUAGAGGUGGAUCCAACUACAUCCGCCCGUGUGGAUGGAAACGCUACGCAUUAAAAGUCAAAGGCAAGUACCCGGACGACAUUUGGCUAAAAGGGAAAUAUCGCCGGGCUGACGAAUACUCGUCAGCCGAAGGAGAAUGGGCAGUGUCCUACCACGGAACAUCUUACCACAACGGACUUUCAAUCGCUAGCGAAGGAUUUAAAUUGAAUAAAGGAGAGCGUUUCUUGCACGGCAAAGGUAUUUACUCGACCCCCGAUAUCGAGGUCGCAUCCCUUUAUGCUAUGACAGUAAACGUAAAUGGAAAAACCUAUAAAUUCGUCUUGCAAAAUCGUGUCAACCCAGACCCAGUAAAAUUGGAAAAAGUUCCCAAAACUGAAACUGGUGUGGGUGAAUAUUGGAUUUCGUCCACUGAUGACGAUAUUCGCCCUUACGGAUUUUGUGUUCGAGAAAUUAUCAGCAACUCCUCUGCUCCGGCUCCGGCUCCCCCCUCUUCAGAUUGUGUUUUACUGUAAUAAACGAAUGAUGCCAUUCUUUACUAAAAGA